AUGGGGGAAGAUCAAAGGGUUUCAGAGGAGAUCCAGAAAGACUGCUUCUCUAAUCCAGGACAGUCCAGGAGGAAAGAGGAGGAGAGAGGGAGGAGAGGAGGAGGAAGAUUAGGAGGAGGAGGAGUAAGAAGAAGAGAGGUUGGAGAGGGAAGAAAGAGAAAAAAACAUGGCGCUUGCGAGCUGUAUGUGCAAAAUCCGCAAGGAAUUGCAGUAAAUUCCUUUUUGUUUGAAGAAAAUUUACAACUUGGUAAUAGACCUUUUUAUGACCUAUUUGCGGUCGUCAUUGGCUGCGGCUGGUCAUGUGCAGGCGCCGCUCGCCUUCACGGCCUUUUUCCUGAUUUCCCAGGCGAAUUUCCCCCCGCAUUCUGCCUUCCUCCAGCCUCACCCCCUCUUUUUCUAACCUUUGUCUCUGCAGAGGUGGGCUCAAGUAGCCGGCUGCAGGAUCGCGGGGGUCCGCGGCCACUUCGCCUCCCCCCCAGCGCCCAACUUGGCUCCUUCGCUGCUCGGCUCCGGCUGCGCCCGGGCCGCCCGGGAGCCGGUGGGGAGCAGGGCCGGUGGAGGAGCCCGGAAGGAGCCGCUGACUCCCGGGCCUCCGCAGGCGCUGACACCCGAGCCGGGCCUGCUCGGCGACCGCCUCCCACACGGCCGGGCCCAGGCGCCCGGGGUGCGCGCAGCCCCGCCGCGCCCGAUGGAUUACAGCAGCCCCCCGGGCAGACCGCCGCCUCCAGCCUCGCAGCCUCCCGGUCCAGGAUGCUGAGAGCCGGCUUUUGUGCCCUCUCUCCAAGAAUGAGGAAACUGGAGUUUGGCUCUGGGCCAGGCAGGAGAGUCUCGCUAACUCUCUGGGGGCUGCACCUACCCUGACAGUAGAUAUUCUGCCUGUGGGUAGUUUCCCCUAUGAAACAUGACUGACUCAAGUAAAACAGCCUGUGGAUUCCAGACUGGAAGAUCUGAUGUCCCCAGGACCUCUUGAUCUUGUCCCCUCCUGCCACUACCCUGGCUCUGGAUGCCUGUCUGUGCUGAGAGCAUUUCAGCUUGAAAACCCUCAUUCAGUACCCUGUAGUUGAACACAGCACAAAAAGCCUGAGAGAUCAAAAGCAUUUGUAUGGGCAGUUGAGCGGGAGGUGAAUAUUUAACGCUUUUGUUCAUCAAUAA